AUGUCGUCAUGCUUUUGUUCACCAUGUCGUCAUGCCGUCAGGCCUGACGACAGGCCUGACGUCAUGAUAUUGGAAUGUUGCAAUUUUGCAGCAAAGCUUCGCUGCGGGAUUUGUAAACUACAAAAUCACUACAUCAAAAAUUGUUACGCUAAUAAAAUUGCACCGCCAGACAAAACAGAUAAUAAAAUUUAA